CCCAAAGAAGAAGAAAAUCAGGACUGGAAAUAAAAAUUCAGCCGUUAACUGAUGUUAGGGGAUAUUUCGGUAGCCACGCUCAUUAAAGCAGGCUUUUAUGAAAAGUAGCUUUAUUUGUUUUAUUUUGUAAGAUAGGAAAAAUCACUUUAAUGCGUUUCCUGCGGAGAACAUGGUAGGAAACAGCGUGAAUGCUCUGCUAUUUCUCCAUGCUAUGAAAACACUGACACCAUAGAAUGGCGGAUAGGAGUAGGCUGCUCCCCUGUGUGUGUCUGGGGCUUUUCGGGGUCCUGUGCUGGGUCUGGGUCUCCUUUGCCUCCUUUCCGGAUGACCAGCUGCUUCCCCUGGAGGUCUUGGAUGCAGCUGAUCGAGGAGCCUUUCAGCCUCAGAGUGCUCUGUCAGAGAUGGAGUUUGCCUCCGUCGUUUCAUACAGGGGACCAGGGAACACCGACCGUCGCAGUAACAAGGAGCUCCCCAUUCUCCUCUGGUGGAGCGGUGGGCUGUUCCCACAUUUUCCUGGCGACACUGAGCGCAUCGACUGUGCCACGUCCUCCUGCCUGGCCACAAGCAAUCGUAAGGUGCAGCUUUACAAACGGACAACAUCCAUCAUCUUUUAUGGGACAGACUUCCGGGCAUAUGAGGCACCUCUCCCUCGUCUCCGCCACCAGACCUGGGCACUGUUCCACGAAGAGUCACCUAUGAAUAACUAUGUCCUCUCUCAUGGGCCAGGAAUCCGGCUGUUCAAUUACACCGCCACAUUUCGCAGGGAGUCAGACUACCCCCUGACCCUCCAGUGGCUUCCUUCUUUGGAGUACUUGCUGGAGCCUGUAGCUGUGUCCUUGGAAGAGAAGAACCGCCUGAGGAGGGAGGGCCUGGCUCCAGUGCUCUACAUGCAGUCUCACUGUGAUGUACCAUCAGACAGGGACAGAUAUGUAAAGGAACUCAUGAAGUACAUUAAGGUCGAUUCUUAUGGGAAAUGCUUGAACAACAAGCCCCUACCAGAAUAUCUGGAGGACACAGCCACUGCUACUGGUGAAGAACCCAAAUUCAUGAGUUAUGUUGCACGCUACAAGUUCCACCUGGCCCUAGAGAAUGGCCUGUGUCCAGAUUACAUGACUGAGAAGCUGUGGCGGCCUCUCCACCAGGGAUGCGUGCCCGUUUAUCGAGGCUCCCCCGUGGUGGCGGACUGGAUGCCCAACGACCACUCGGCGAUCAUCAUAGAUGACUUCCCCUCACCCAAAGCUCUCGCUGACUUUCUCAUAGGUCUAGAUGAGAAUGAUCAUGAAUAUGCUAAAUAUUUAGAAUUCAAGAAUCCCAGCCGGAUCACUAAUACGCGUUUGCUAGAAGCACUGGAGACCCGUGAGUGGGGGGUUAAUGACAUGAGUAAACCCAACUACUUGAAUGGAUUUGAAUGUUAUGUGUGUGACCAGGAGAAUGCACGAUUAGCAGCAGAGCGAGCAUACAAGAAGGCCCCUAAGACGAACCGACCUCCUCAGCCUAAAAUGGCCAGUAACUCUCACAUGGGAUGCCCACUCCCCAGCCCGGGCUAUGGCGAGGCCCAGGACUUACCUUCAGAUGAUGGAUGGUUGCAAAUAUGGCCUCAGGAUUACUGGCAGAGCCUCGACCAAGCAGAGGGGCUGGAGUCUCUGAUAAGACACAACGAGUCAGACCCUUCUCUGCUGUGGAAGCACAUCCAAAACAUUGCUGUGAGCAGAGCCAGAGGAAAACAGUGACACGGGACUCAAAACAAACAGAGGAUGGAGUCCGUCCAGGAUUAUAGGGGUGUCCCAGAUUAUGCAUCCCCUCUUGUUUAAAUGAGGGAAUGAAGCAGACAUUGCUCAUAGUUUUGCAGCUGAGCCAAAACCCCCUUUUACCCCUGUGAGUAGUUGAGUUAUACUGAAACAAAUUUUGCUAUUCUAUUCAGCUGACAUUAAACUUUACCUUCAUCCCAUGCUCAGUAAUGGGAAAAUAAUGUUGUAGACUGUUACAUGCUAAUAUUUUCAACUUGUUUUAUCACCGUAACUGAGAUUCCAUUAUAUUGCCUAUAGUUAGCAUUAACUACCUGAAGGACCAUUGUUCCAGAUGGGUACAUUCUCAUGGGAUGCAGCUUUUCAUUGGACUGGGGCAGAGCCAAAGACUUGUCUUCUGUGCCACGGGAGCUCUGCCUAACUGUGUGUGAAGACCAUCAAGACAGUAGCCAAACGACUGCAUUAGCUUCUUCACAGUUACUCAGCAGGUAGCUGAUGGUUAUUAGUGAAAGUCCCAUUUACGUGCAAAGGUAUUGUGACUAUGCAAGAAAAAUAUUUCACCAAGCAGAGGAGAGAGGCGAAUGUAAUUUUAGUACAACUUUGCAGUGGGACGUCACCGCUGUAUUUGCAACAGUCGUUCUCAGGAUCAGCUCAGCUCGGAACAACUCUGAAUCUUUGUGUUUGAAUAUCAUAUUUUCUGUUACGUCACGGUAGGACCAUGUGCAAUAAUUUGUAGUCAUUCUUUUCUAGAACAUUCUUGAGACUCACGUGUCUGCUAGCAAACUACUUUUAUAUGAUGUGUUUACACCAGAAUUAUAGAAAUCAUUUUUAUUUUAUUUUGCUAACAAAGCA